AUUGGCGACGCGACAACCACGACGUCCCAUCCAUUUUAAUAACCCAUUAGCGCUUUAAAAAAAAUAAUGUUGAUGCCGAAGGAUAACCCAACGAUCGAUAAUGUCCAGUAGUCAGUCCAUCGAUUCGGGAUGGGAAAUGUUUUCAAAGUAAACUGUCGCGGAGUGUUGCCGCGGCAGGUAAUGCACGGACCAGCCGCCCCUUCCGGUUAACCCGACGGCAAACAUGGACAACCCUGGUUACAAUGGGGAUGAUAAUAACGGACGUCCCUACAUCAUAUCUAGGCCGACUUCUGGAGGCAAACAAGUCGAAUCUGCCGAGUACCUGGUGACCGUUAGUUCUAGAUUCAACCCCUCCAAAAAGUCAGUAUACUACCGAAGAGCCUCUGUAGUAUUAUUCGUACUUGUUGUGAUACUUACGAUAGGAAUAAUUAUACUUUUAGUACUCUAUUCGAAAUCCAGCAGCAAACAUAAAAUUUGCACGAGCGCAGAAUGUUUGAGAUCGUCGGCCAACUUUAAAUACUCUAUCGACUUCGGUACCGAUCCCUGUGAUAACUUUUACCAGUACUGCUGCGGGAAAUGGUCGGAGGAACAUCCAAAUCACGGCUGGUACACCAGCUUUUCGACGUUCUCCACGAUAAGCGAGAAAAUUCUCAUCGAAAUCAUGAAAAUUUUGUCGUCGGACUCCGAGGAAGACGAACCAUACCCGGUUACUCAAGCGAAAUACUUUUACGAGUCAUGCAUCGAUACCGACGCUCUGGACGUGUUGGGUAUAUCAGUGAUGUUCAAAUAUUUGAAAAUGGUCGGCCUGUCUCUAGUUCCUAGCGUCUUCGCCCCGGAUCUAGGGAGUAAUUUCAGCUGGGUGAAAACAGAAGCGUCUAUCAAACAGGUCUUUGCGAUGGACGUGUUCAUCGGGUUCACCGUUCAACCAAACAUCUUCAAAAGGGAGCAGAACGUCAUUUACUUGGGCGUUUUAUAUCAAAAUUGUCCCUUGCCCAGCCCCAUCAAAGUUAAAAAGACCAAGGGAUCGAAAAAAGUAGAUGAAUCCGAGGAAGACGAAACCGAGCUGCAGUUUAAAGUGGUCGCCAGAUCCAAAAUAAUCCGAUUUUUAAUCAACGAGUUCGCGCGUAACCUCAGCCUGUCAUCGCCGAAGAAGGAAGUCCUACAGCUAGCUGUAGACGUAGUCAACAACAUCACCGAGCGCGUCGAAGAGCUUACCGCGAAUUACACCCAGCCAGACGAUGGUGAAGGUGAAGACGAAACUAAGAAUAUGACCUUCAGGCAGCUGCAGGAGUUUACGGCGAACAACGUGCCGAAUUUGGAUCCCAUGUUUUGGGUGACGUAUGUGGACGCGAUAUUUGAAAACACCAAUGUUACCAUAGAGCCGGACGUCGAUCUGCUCUACGUGACGGAGACGGAGUUGACGUACCUCUAUAAGAUUUUGGAGUACGUCACGUCAUUACCCGAGAAGCAUUUGGAGAUCUAUCUGUGGUGGUCUACGGUUUAUGCUAUGGUGAUCAACACGUCGGCAGACGUUGUAGACUACAUCACCAAGCAGAUGUCGGUAGUGUAUGGAGAUUCUGACGUCGCGUAUUCAAGAUCGAGGGCGUUGGACUGCUGCGAGUUGGUAAACAAUUACAUGGGAUUGGCCGUUAGUUAUGCGAUCGCCGACAAGGCGUUCCCAAACAAAACCAAGCCUAAAGUCGAAAAAAUGUUCCACGAGAUCAAGGACGCGUUCGUGCAGCACGUGAAAAGUGUCGCGUGGAUGGACGACUACACAAAGAAGGUGACUUUGGAGAAGAGCCGCGAAAUGAUCAGCUUCAUUGGCUAUCCCGAUUGGUUGUUCGUGGAUGGCGCCUUGGAAAGGCACUUCGAGGGGCUGGAGAUCAAUUCAACGACGUAUCUGGACAACAUGAUGAGCGUGAUAAUCGAUUUUACUAACGAAACUCUCACGUCGCUGCGUGCAGAACACAAAAGGGAUUGGAGCACCGAACCCAUCAACGUCAACGCCUUCAAUUCGUUCACAGACAACGCGAUAAACGUUCCUAUAGCGAUACUGAACUACCCCAUGUAUAAUUUAGGCUUAGAGGUAUUGAACUACGGAUCGAUCGGAGCCAUUUUGGGACACGAGCUGACGCACGGGUUCGACAAUACAGGUAGAAAACACGACAAGUACGGCAACUACGUGCAGUGGUGGUCCAACAAAACGAUCGAAACAUUCGAAAACAUGACUUCGUGUUUCGUCGACCAAUAUGACAAUUUCACGAUCGAAGGCAUUGAAGGACACAUUAAAGGCAAGGCGACGUUGGGCGAAAAUCUCGCGGACAACGGUGGACUAAAUCAGGCGUACACGGCGUACAAAAAUUACGCCAAACGGUACGGUCGCGAGCCAAAGUUGCCCGGCUUCGAGAACUUUACCAGCGAUCAACUAUUCUUCAUUGCUUACGGCAGCAUAUGGUGCGAAAGCUCAACCGCCGAAGACCUGCGAAACCAAUUAGAGUACGACGAGCAUUGCCCGAAUUCGGUAAGGGUAGUGGGGACCCUACAGAAUUCGGACGCCUUCGCCAAGGCGUUCAAGUGCCCCAGAGGCAGCCCGAUGAACCCGAAGCGCAGAAAAUGCCAGAUAUGGUAGAGCGGGUUGGUGGGGUACCAAAUAUGUGAUUGUUGACCAAACGAGUGCGACACCGUGUGAUAUUUUCGUAGCUGUGCAUAACAUAUUCGUUCCUUUAAUAAAGUUUUAACAUGGGUUAAUAA